AUGUCCUGCUCUAUUAUGCUUGGAGGCGGCGAAGCGUUGAUGUCCUUUACAGCUGGAUCAUGUGAUUCCGUUCUUCAAUGCUCACAACGUUCCUUCAAAAACGCAUCUUUACCCAACCUCCUUCACUUCAUAAAAGACAUCACAAUCAAAUCCAAGGUUUCAAAAAUGACAAUGGUGGUUGGACUCAUCUAUGUUCAUCGUCUAAAGAGAACCUUACCAGCCACGGCACGUGGUGAUUUCGACACGCCAUACAAGAUCUUUCUAUCAGCGAUUCUGGUUGCCAGCAAAUAUCUCAGCGAUCAUUCACUACAGAAUCGUAAUAUUGCCGAUAUCACCAAUGGAUUGUACUCGGUCAAAGACGUUAAUACGAUGGAACGUAGCUUCCUCGGGCUACUAAAAUAUGAUCUGUGGGUGGACGUGGACGAGGUGAAAAACUUUUUAGAUCAACAUCGUGUCGAAUUAGACAUUGAUGUCGACUGGAGCUGUGAUGAAGAAAGGUAA